AUGAUGGUCGCCCGUCUGAAGGCCGACGAGCGCGAGGUGAGAAGCGAGCCGGCCACCUUCGACAACGACAGCGACGCGAGCGAUUCAUCAUCAGUAGACGCCGAAUUGCCCAGCCGAUUCCACCCAAAUCACCAUCCACACGCAUCACAAUCUGUUGCCCGGGUGGUGGCUGAGGACGCGCUAUCACGCACCAUUUCCGCCCAAUCUCUGCCCGUCGGAAAUUCGCAACCCUAUAACGAUGGAGCUUCGAUGACGCAAUAUGAUCGAACGAUCCAGAUGCUGGCUGAAGACCCGAUUUAUCAGAAAGAAGUGGCGCUAGGUAAACGAAUCGGCUUCUACCGGCUCGGGAAAGAGCUGGGCGCCGGGAAUUUCUCGAAGGUCAAGAUGGGGAUACAUGUAUUGACCAAAGAAAAAGUGGCGGUGAAAGUGAUGGAGAAGACAAAAAUGGACCAGAAGCAGCAGCGAUUGUUGGCAAGGGAAAUUUUGACGAUGGAGAAAAUGAACCAUCCACACAUCGUACGGUUGUUCGAGUGUGUCGAGACGCUCACCCGAAUGCACUUGGUGAUGGAGUACGCGGGCGGUGGCGAGCUGUACGCAUAUGUGCACGAUAAAGGCAAAUUGUCCGAACAGGACGCGAAGCCGCUUUUUGCGCAGAUUGUAUCGGCUGUGCACCAUAUGCAUUCACGAGAAAUCGUCCAUCGCGAUAUAAAGGCCGAAAACGUCAUGUUCAGCGCGCCAGGGCAUGUGAAACUCGUGGAUUUCGGCUUCUCAUGUCACACGCCAGGUACCGUAGAGCUGGCCACAUUUUGCGGAUCUCCACCCUAUGCUGCACCCGAAUUAUACAGAGACAAAUCUUACAAUGGGCUAAUGGUCGACAUUUGGGCCCUCGGCGUUUUGCUGUAUUUUAUGUUGGUCGGGAUUACACCAUUCAAGGGGGAGACGGUGGCCGAGUUGAAAGAGGUAAUCAUCGUGGGCCAAUACGCGAUGCCCGAAUAUCUGUCGACAUUUGCGCAACAUAUGAUCGCCCGGAUGCUGGAUAUGGAUCCGGGAAAACGGAUGAGCAUCCAUGAAGUCAAGAAAGCCUAUUGGUUACGUGAGAUCAAAUUUCCGCGAUCUUACCUCUCCCUUACGACGUUACCUACAAAAGAUGAUCUCGAUUGUAAUGAAACGCAAGCCAAGGUGUGGGAAAUCAUGACACGUUUCGGGAUCACCGAGGAGAUGCUCGCCGAGACGUCAGAAAAAGGGCCACGUAACGCCAUCGUCGGCACAUAUCGUAUCGUGCUGUAUCAGGUGCAGGCCGAGAAGAAGGAGGCCAUUCGAAAAAUGAAGGCAGCCGAGGAGCAAGAGCUUCAGGAGAGCCUCAAAAUGGCCACCGGCAAGAAACGCCGCCCAAUGACCGGGGCGCCGCCGAUGCUAAAGGAUCGCAGUAAAACUUGUGCUAUCUUA